AUGAUACCAUCCAUCGGUUCAGAUUUAGUUGGUCGAGGUGAGCUCAUUGGAUUCCCUCUUCAUCUUUGGACUGACACGAACCUAAGAAACACAGGUGGUAGACUCGGUCAUGUCGAUACUCUGGAGCUUACAGAGGGGCGCAUGCUCAUAGAGGUUGAUUCACGCCGUCCACUGAAGUUCUCUAGGAAAGUGGAAUAUGAGGGAGAUGAGGUUACGAUCGAAAUAAAGUACGACAAGCUUUUCAAACAUUGUACAAUCUGUGGUUUGCUAUCUCAUGAGAAGGGAUAUUGCCCCUUAAUGGAUGUUAGAUCAUGGUUACAACAUGUGGAAAGGCCUGACGUUUUUUCCCGACUGCAGCGGGCUCAGGAUAUGCCUCGCCAAAACUGGAGUCGUGAUGCUCUGGUAAAUGCUAGACCCUCCCAGCAGUCGUCGCUGCAGAACCGGGAGCUGCAAUCUUCACGAUAUUAUACGUCUAAGCCGGUAAGGUAUGAUGAUAAGAGUACGCGAGGACAGGGGCCUCGCUACUGGGAGAACGACAGCAGUCGGGGUCGUCACUCGGAUAGGAUUAUCCGUAGCAGAGACGAUCAUUUAGGGAGGAACAGGUAUGGUAGGGCACGGGAUAAUCCUGGUCCCUAUGCGCGUCCAAACGAGAAGGCAUGGAAAGUGAAACCGAAGACGCAUGAAGUGGGAAGGGGUCAGUCUGCUGUUGAUGAGGAUGCAAUGAUUCGAGGAGCUACGUCCGGUGAGAUAGAAAUACAAAGUUUUUUCAUGCACUAA